AUGGAAAGGGACCUGAUAACGAAUCUUCCGAAAACAAUUCUUCAUGAUAUUCUGUCAAGGCUGCCAGAGAAAGAAGCUGUUAGGACAAGUGUUUUGUCCAAGGCGUGGGCUGAAACGUGGUCCACGUUUCCCAUCUUGUAUUUUUCUGAUACUAAAAUUAUAGGGACAUUUCCGCAGCCCCGGCAGGAGUUUUUGAGGAAAAGAAAGAACUUCAUUGAUCAUGUGAGGAGAACAUUGAUGAGGUUCCAUGACCAGGGCUUAGCAAUCAAGGAAUUUAAGCUCAUUAUAAACUGUUUUGACCUUGAGUACAUGUCCCGGGAUGUUGAUUAUUGGUUGAAGUUGGCUAGUGAACGUUGUUUUGGGGUACUUGAACUUUGCCUGCCUGAUGGCCCUGAGCAGGAUGAGGAAGGUCAGGACCGAUGCUAUAUCUUGCCAACUGGUAUCAUUGAAGCCAAAUCACUUCAUAAGUUAGUGUUGAUGGGGGGCAUUAGAGUUGAUCAAGCGUUCCGGAAUCAUUCAGUCAAGUUUUUCUCAUUGCGAGUAUUGUCAUUGUGGCUUGUCCUUUUGGGAGAUGAACAGGCGAUUGAGCAUCUCAUUUCUUGUUGUCCUUUGAUUGAAAGUAUAACUUUGAAGUGCUGUUCUGUAUUAAGCCGUGGUGGCAUAGGUGGUUUACAUGAGUCCAGGACCUCUAGGAUGAAAUCUAUAAGCAUGCUUGGUCUGCCAAAGCUCAAGAAAGUUGAUGUUCAAGGAAUGCAGGAGGUAAUCGUUGAUGCUCCAGGUCUGGAGUAUUUCUGUUUUUGUCCUGGUGGAGAUGUGCAUGCACCUUAUAAUAUCAAUUUUGACAAGUGCAGAAAUUUGAAAGGACUAUACUUAUGGUCAUUGAAGAGCUCUAUUAUCAACGACAAGUGGUUUCUUGAUCUGUUUCCCAAAUUUCCUUUCCUUGAGAGUUUGAAAUUUGUUAAUUGCACAAUGUCUGAGACGAUUAAUAUUUCGAGUGCUCAACUAAAGGUCUUGGACUUAUCAAAUUGCUCCAAUUUGAAUGAGAUUAACAUCGAUGCUCCAAAUUUAUUGACAUUUGGAUAUUGUGGUGAGGGUGCCUCAAAACCUAUUAUAUCCUUUCUGAAGAGUUCUGGUCAACUGGAAGUCAAUGUUUUGAUCCACAUUGAUUGUAUGGAUCUUGGUAACUUGAGGGAAUUCAUCCAAAAUUUCAAACCUCAAAAUGUUUUGACAUCACUGUCCCUAUUUAUCCACCAGCCAAUUGUAGAUGAAUUGAACUUAGAUUUCUUGCCAGUUUCAUCUACUCCACCAAGCAUCAAACACUUGGACUUACGCUCUGUCCCGAAAAAUAAAACUUUUUACUCGCGGCUUGUCAAUGGUUUACUUUCAAGUUGCUGUCCUGCAACUAUUUCAUUGAGCCUGCAUUCAUUUUUCUGUAGCAGAGAAUUCAUUGAGUUUUUCUAUGAGACGCUAACGGGCAGAAAAGAGGAUGAGUGCUUUUGCAGUUCUGGUCAUACCAAGUGUUGGUGGCAUGGCUUGAAGGGUGUUAAAGUCUCAAGCUCUGUAAAAACCGAUGAGAAAGUCGAUUUUAAGACUAUGUUAGAGGCAUUGCCAACUUUUUCACCACAGGAAAAUAUUAGUUUUAGAUUAGAAUUAUAA